AUGCGCAAGGGCCGCUCCGCGACGUCGAUGUUUCUGGAUCAUGCAGUUGACGAGGCAGCUCUUAUGGAGGACGAGGCGGCGAACGACGGCGGCGCCGGGUGGGACGAGGACGGCGCGGCGGCAGCGCGACGCGUCCACGCGAAAGCGCUCGCCGCGAUCGCGACGCCGCGGGGACGCGGGCCGAAGAACAAUGACUGGAGUAACGCGCGCAAGGCUUCCGAGUGGGGUGCCGCUUCUGCCGCCGCUGGUUCGCUUUCUAGUUCGAGUUCGGGCUCGCGCACGGGCUCUAUGGCUGCUGCGGCAGCAGCGGCGGUGCAGGUUUCGCCCGAACGGGGUGGUAACAGCCGGUGGCAUUCGCGAGCGCGAAGCUCGUCGCAGGUGGACGCUGAGCGAAGCUCGUCGCCUUGGGGGUCCGGGACGGGGCGAACGGCUGGCGGAGGCGCAGAGGGGGGAACAGCGGGCGGAGAAAGCGCGUUUGCGGGAGCCAGGCGGGGGAGAGUGGGCGGAGGAGGCGGAGGGGCGGUUUCCGCAGUGGGUAAGCCGACAGGUGCGUUCGAAGCACGUGUCGCGCCGGCGAUAGCGGAGAGGCCUCCUGUACCUGAAGGCCUGCAAGAUCUCUCCUUGUUUUACGGCGCUUCGAGGGAAGAGGUCGCCAGCAGCGGCAGCGUGAUAUUUAAUCCGGCAGGCGGCGCCGUUAGCGAGCAUGAUUCGGAUUUAGCGGUCCUGAUCAACUCCCCUGCUUCCGUUGCCCCUGCUGCUGCUGCUGCUGCGGGUGGUGGUGGCGCGGUGGAAGCGGCACCGCCGUCACCACGAGGUCUGCAUGUUUCGCCGAAGUCCUCGUGGACCAAUCAGAAACCAGCGACGUUGGGAAGAGUGGCAGGUACCGGCGGGAGGGCUCACACGGGAGCAGCCGCGGCGGUAGCGCCAGGAGUAGGCGCAUCUGGGUUAGGUGCAUCUGGGGCAGGUGCAUUUGGCGCAGGCCCGGGCGCGAUCUCGCCCAUGGCGGCCGCCGCCAUUCGCGGCGGCGGAUUAUCAGCGAUGUCGCCGCGCCUGCUGAAAUUCCUGGUCGAGGACAAGCCGGGCGCGGCGGAGCGGGGCGCGGGGAGAGCAGGGGAGGGGAAGCGGGGCGGAGACAGGCGCGUGCGCCAGAGCGGAAGCGGAGACGAGACUGCGGAGGGGAGGGGGGGUGCAGGGGGAGACGAGCGGGGGAGGGUAUCGUUGCGAUCGCGCAGCGGGCCCCUCUCCGCAAGAACCAGAUCGCGCGCCGCUGCGACUAUGGGCGGCGCCUUCCGGAUUCCCGGGCCGCUGCACUCCCCGCUCUCGAGCUCCCCCGCGUCGUCCGAUUCGUUAUUGUCGUCCCCGCUAGCCCUCCCCGCGCCGUCCCCGUUAGCGCCGUCAUCGAAUUUCGGUAGAAGCGCCGGCCCCGCGGCAGCAGCGGGUGCCGCUCACGGGAGAAGCGGCGCGGGAAGUGCGUCAGUGCCCUCCCCUACACGCACCUCCCCUACAAUCACAUCAGCCACUAAACCAACCUCCCCACUAGGCCCCCCCACUGCCGCCGCUACCACGGGGCCAUCCGCGUCUGCUGCGCCGUCAUUGGCGGCUCCCGCGGGGUGGCAAGCUUUCCGGCGGCCCGCCGCCCUUGAUCUUGGACGGCUGCUUGCGCCCGGCGCUACAGCCGGGGAGGAAUCCGACGGCGAAGAUGACUUCAGCGAUGACGACGCUGACGUCAGCGAGGCAGUGGCUGUACCAGGUCCGGCCGAGCCGCCAGGUUCGGGGAGAGCUGCGGCGACAGGCUCGGGAACUGCCACCGAUCGCGGGGAGCGGCUGGAAGGGGUUGAGGUGAGGCUGGAGCGGCGGUCAACGGGUAACGCGCAGCACGCGGAGAGGGGAAGGGCGGACGGGAACCAGGGGAACGCGGAGCGCCCCCGCAGCAGCCCCGUUGGCCUCGACUCGACGCAUAACGUCGCCCGCCGAACCAGCCCUGUCGGUUCGGGCACUGUAGAUAAGUCCGGGUUGGGAGGCAGCGGCGGCGGAGGAGGAGGCGGGGGUAGAGCGGGCGCGGGUAGGGCGCAAAGCACGAAGAGCCCAGCGCGGGCAGCGAGGGGCGGGAGUCCGAAUGUUUUGGCUGCUGCUGCUGCUGUUGCCGGGGACGCGUAUAACGCGAACACGCGAGUGCUCCCCCCGUCGUUGUCGUUUUCCGGGAGCGACCUGGCGGUCAGCGCCAUCGACCGCCGCCCUUCCGCCAAUGAAUACAUCGACUUCCCCCCGGCGGCUUCCCCCGCCGAUUACUCCCCGGAUGUUAACAUCUCCCCCACGCAACAGGCGCAGCAACAGGCGCAACAGCAGCAGAGGGCUAACAGUGCCAAGGUUGGCAGGCAGGCAAGCGGACAGGCCGGUAUGGGUGGCCGUACGGCGCCCGGGCAGGGCGGGAAGGGGGCGUUUUCUGAGCGCGUGCGGGGGUUUGCGUCCCCCAGGCGCGUGGAGAGGCCCCCCGACCCCAUGGACCGCCUCCGCGGAUUCGUCUCCCCGCGCGCGCGCAUCCGGGAAGGGCCGGGCGCGGGGCAGAGCGAGGGAAGCGCAUGGGGCGGGGAUGCUGGUCGCGCCACUGGCGGUGGGGGUCGGGGGGGAGGGGCCGGAAGGGCUGGCGCAGCGGCAGCGGAGGAGAGUCAACAGGGGGGAUCGAUUUGGCAGCAGUAUCAACGGCCGCAGGGCCAGCAGCAGCAGCUGCCGCAGCAGACACAGCAGCAGACGCAGCAGCAGCAGCAGCAGACGCAAGCGGAAACGGACAGCAAAGGAAGUCGUAGGCGGCCGAAUCUGCGGCCGUUACAGCUGGACGCUCUGGUUACCACUCCCAGAGGCCGCACCCGCUCGCACCUCCCCGCGGGGGGACCUCUUUCCGCGCGCGCUGCUGGCCCAGGCCCGAGCAGCAGCGGCUUCCGCCAAAGGGGCGCGGGCGGGGGCAGAGGGGGAGUCGCGGGAAGUCCGCGGGCGGGGGGAAGCGGGUUGAAUCUAGGCGCACUCACCCCCACUGCUGCUUCCGCCUCUUCCGCCGCGGGUGCAAGCGGGGGAAGAGGCGGGGCAUCUGCUGCUGCUGGUCCCGCGGGAGGGGGGGAGAGGGCGGGGGGCGCGGGAAUGGGGGACAACAGCAGCAGCCCCAAGUACUACGUUGCGCUUAAGAGCCCCCGAGCGCCCGCAGAUGCGCCCAGACGCGCCAACAAGAGCCCCAAGACGCCCCGCGGGGAGGUGCUAUCUGGGAAAGGCGCGGGCGAGGGGGGCAUGGGCGGAAGCGCUACUGCUGGCUCUGGGUGGGGGGGCGGCGGGGCAGGCGGAGGGGCGGGCGGAGGCGGAGGCGGAGGGGGAGGCGCAGGCGGAGGGGGAGGGUCGGGGGAGAGCGGAAAGAGGCGGGGGUUAGCGUCAUGGGGAGGCGGGGGGACGCUGGGCGCAGCAGUGGACACUUUCAGUCGCAGCCUGAGCGCCCACCCCGUCAGCCCUAGGGCGGGGCCACCUGGGGGCGCAGGCGCAGGGGGAGGCGCAGGGGGAGGCGCGGGGGGAGGCGCGGGGGGAGGCGCGGGGAUGACAGCAGAAGCAGCAGCCGCGUUUGACGCGCAUGCGAGAAGAUCCAUGGCCCCCGCCCACAACCCCUCCUUCCAUGCCUUCCCUAGCCCCUCCCUCCGCCCCUCCCCCACUGCUGCUGCUGCCGCUGCUGCUGCUGCUGCUGUCGCUGCUGCUGCUGGUGGCGGGGGCAGCGGGGCGGGGAGCAGCAGUAGCGCGCGCGGGGGAAGCAGCAGCGGCGCUGCUGGUGGUGCUGACAUGGGAGGGGGGGCAGGCGGGGCAGGGGGCGCAGGAAGGGGCGCAGGAGGGGGCAUGGGAAUGGGGAUGGGGAUGGGGAUGGGGAUGGGGAUGGGUGUGUUUCAGCAGGGAUUCUCUGAUGUGACGCGGCGGUAUGAGAUGGGGAGGAAGGUGGGGCAGGGGCGGAAGGGUGUGACUGUAUACCAGUGCGUGGAGAGGCGCAGUGGGAGGCAGUAUGCGUGUAAGACUAUAGACAAGGUGACUCUAACGGGGGGGAGGAAGGAGGAGGCGGUUCGGACGGAGGUGGCGAUUAUGAGGAAGCUGCAGGGCCAUCCGCACAUAGUGGAGAUUAAAGACACAGCUGAAGAUGCCAAGUUCGUGCACAUAAUAAUGGAGAUGUGUUCAGGCGGCGACCUGCUGGAUCACAUCAACACGCAGCUGUGCAUAUCGGAGAGGGAGGCGGCCACCAUAGUGCGCGUGCUCGUGCAGACCAUCCACUUCUGCCACGUCAGCGGCAUCAUGCACCGCGACUUAAAGCCCGAGAAUGUGCUGCUGGGCUCGCCCGGCCAGUGGUGGGACCUGCGGGUGGCGGAUUUCGGCUUUUCUGUGCCGCUCAGAGCAGGCCAGCGCAUGAAAGGAUAUGCUGGGUCCCCGUUCUACAUGGCGCCCGAAGUGUUGGACGGGCUGUACGGGCACGAGGCAGACAUCUGGAGCCUGGGAGUCAUCCUCUACACGCUGCUUUCCCAGAAGCUUCCCUUCUGGGACGACACGGACGCGGGCGUGUACGAGCUGAUCCGGCGAUGCGAGGUGGACACGAGCUCGGGCGUGUGGCCGCUGGUAUCGGGGGCGGCAAAGGACCUCGUGCACCGCAUGCUGGCCUUCGAUCCGAACCACCGAUUGCCGCUACACCUCAUUCUAGACCAUCCAUGGGUGGUCACCAACACGACAGUCGACAUCCCCCGCGUGCCAUCCAGCGCAUCAGUUUCCUCGGAAACUUCCUCGCUCGAGCCGCACUCGUCCAGGCGGCGAAAGAAAGAUAUUGCUCGAUCUGCUGGGACCAUCUUUUCGUCCCGUGCCCAACCACAAGCCAUGCGGGCUGCUGCCGCCGCCGGUGGUGGUGGGGGGAGUGAUGGUGAUGAUGACGAGGAGGAGAGUGUGGGUGGCAAGGGGGAUGCUAGACCACGUGGCGCGAUGCCUUUGGCUGGGGAACAACGGGGUGCGGGCAAGCGCGGCAAGCGGGGGGAGAAGUUUGAGCGCGUGGGGUGGUCCGCUGCGAUGGCGCAGUCCGCCCCGCUUCCGCACGCUCUUCCCGCCGAUGCGUCCGCGUACUCCGCGCUCGCGGGUCGUGUAUAUCCCGCGCAUUCCGCUAGCAGCUCGCGCGCCCCGCUCGUCACUCGAGCCACCGAGUUUCCCUCGAUUACUGACGAACCUUUGAACGAAGCUUCGGAGACGGUUCGCCCCUUGGGGUUCGAAACCAACAGCCCCGCUGCCGCCGCAAGACGGCCGAAUAAAUUCUCAUCGCAAUUGUCACACUCCGGUAUUAGCAGCGACAUGCGCGCGUGCUCCUCGGGAGCAGCCGCCGCCACUCUUGCGUCGUCAGCGCGUGCCGUCGCGUCGCCAGCGAGAUUCGAGACGGCGUUUCGAACCUCAUCUGCUGCCGCGUCGCCAGGCGCGGGUCCCGCGGGGGCGGCGGCGUGCAGGGAGGUCGUGACGGGUGAGCUUCUGCGAAGGUUCCGGUGGGCGGACAGGGAGGUGGUGGAAGGGGUGCUAGCGGCGGUGGGCUGGGAGCGAGCAGAGGCGGAAGCAGUGCUGGCGGAUAUGGGGGGCGAGGCGGCGGUGUGGGGGGAACGAGCAGCCGCGGAAGCAGUCCUAGCGGAUAUGGGGGGCGAGGCGGCGAUGGGGGGGGAGCGCGCGGCCGCGGAAGCAGUCCUAGCGGAUAUGGGGGGCGAGGCGGCGAUGGGGGAAAUGGGUGAAAGGGGUGCGGGAGAGGGUGUGGGGGACAAGACGGAUAUGAAAUUGGAAGAGAUGGAGGAGGAGGAAGGUGGGAAGCAGAGGGAGACUGAUGGCCAUGAUGACGUGGAUGGUAACUUUGAUGAUGUGGAUGGUGACUGUGAUGACGUGGAUGUGUUCCGGACAUUCCGAGGAGAGGCUUUAGCAGCAUCAAGAGCACACGCACGGCUCGCAGGACAAGCUGCCCGGGCAUACGACAGGGGCGACCACGCAGCUGCCCGAAGACUUUCCCACGCGUCAAGAGAGGAGAAAGAGCGGGCAGAGAGACUCCACACGGAAGCUGCUGGGAAGAUUCUGGCGCACAGGAACAGGGGGCGGUCCUUAUGGGAGCUGGACUUGCACGGGCUUUUAUCGGGCGAGGCUGUAUCUGCGCUGGAGGGGAGGUUGAGGCAGCUGGAGGGGCAGGCGGGUGUGAGUGUGCAGGAGAGUAGUACAGCAAGGGAGGGGUCGGUAGAAGAGCAGGGGGGGAGGAGCAGCAUUGGUGCAGCGAGAGAGGUGACUGCAGAAGAGCAGGCGUGGAGGAGCAGUGGUGUGGUUCUCCCGGCUAAGGUGCUGUCGUCAGCGCGGCCUGAGCUGAUGGUCAUUACUGGUGAGUGCCCGCAAUAG